AAUGUCAUCUGUUGCCCACGUGUUGCCGCCGAGACGUCACUGUCUCUCCACUUAAACUUUAGGACCGCCCUUCCAAACUUCCUGUUUCUGAAAUGUUUAGGGAACGUAUUCCCCGCGUUUACCGCAUAACGUGCGAAGUGGCAGAAUAGGUUAAUUUUCCUCACAAUCUGACGGAUGAUGUUUCCGACAGCAGGAAUCAGCCGGCAAUAUGUUUGAGAACUGGUCCAGACUGGUUAGCCGUACCAGGCGCUCAAAUUAUGGCUCGCUGCGUGAAAAUGAGAUUAGGCUACUGACCGAUUUAUUCUGCGAACUGCGAUGGAACAGGAAUAUGCCUUUUCCAGCCCUGAUGCGUUAAGAAGCGAACAGUAACUAUAUUUUUAGGCAGUGAUCUGUAGAUAAACGUACAGAUCAAGGGCAUUUUUUUCAGAACGUUGUUUGAACAUGUUUACAAUACCUUCUUGAGGAACACGCUGCAGACGUGUCGGUGCCUGCUAGAGUCAGCCGGAUUGUUUUCGAAUAGGACUCUAGACGUUGCGUGCAGCACCGAGAGACACAGAAUAGCGGUGAAAUAUUGUUUCAAGCCGUAGUUGAGUCUUCGACUGCAAUGGCGUAGUUGUCUCUUAAAUAAAAUAUUAUUUCUGUAUGGCGAAUGUGUUCGCGCCGUUAUGUGCAUGCGCCUCCGGUUCCCUCUGAAAGCAGAAUAUGUACCACCUUGUGCAAGUUACAACACAGCUCGUAAUUCGCUGAUCUUAUUGGCGGAGCUGUACUCUCCAUUGAACCGGCCAGACAGUGUGCGUGUGUGUGUGUGUGUUGUGGAAGAGUUGGAAGAUACAGUUACCAGCAGCAAUCGACCGACGUUACUAUAACGUCUGGACAGAAUGUUUUCCCUCACGGAGGUAGCCUCCCUUAAUGACAUCCAGCCAACUUACCGAAUACUGAAACCAUGGUGGGACGUUUUUAUGGAUUACCUUGGGGUGAUCAUGAUGAUGCUGGCAGUGUUUGCGGGGACAAUGCAAUUAACCAGAGACCAGGUGGUUUGCCUCCCUCACCUGGAGCCUGAGAAGAAGCUGGAGUGUCCAAAUUACGUUUCAUCCCAGAGGCCACCUGAGGCUGUCACGGCAACCACGCCAUUAAUCCCUAAAGAUCUCCCUGACAGUGCUAUCCACGCGCUUUAUUCGAAUCAGCCAGCGCAAAUACCUGGUCAGCCGCAGCCCACAGGACUUAGAACAAACUUAGACUUUCAGCAGUACGUCUUCGUCAACCAGAUGUGCUACCAUAUGGCCUUGCCCUGGUAUUCUAAGUACUUUCCGUACCUUGCCCUCAUCCACACGAUUGUACUCAUGGUCAGCAGCAACUUUUGGUUCAAGUAUCCAAAGACUAGCUCAAAGAUCGAGCACUUUGUGUCUAUUCUGGGGAGGUGCUUUGAGUCACCGUGGACUACAAAGGCACUGUCUGAGACAGCCUGCGAGGACUCCGAAGAGAACAAGCAGAGGUUCACUGGUGCCUCCACCGUACCAAAGCAUGUUUCCACGGGCAGCGAAGAGGAAAGUCCCAGCCCAUCCACUCCCAUGCUGCCAAACGCAGGGCUGAAAUUCUCCGCUGAGAAGCCAGUCACAGAAGCCCCGAGCGUGACCAUCCUGGACAAAAAAGACGGGGAGCAGGCCAAAGCCCUCUUUGAGAAGGUGCGAAAAUUCCGCACGCACGUGGAGGACAGCGACCUCAUCUACAAGCUUUACGUCGGUCAGACGGUCAUCAAAACCGUCAAGUUCAUUUUGAUCUUGUGCUACACCUCGACCUUCGUGGCCGCCAUCAGUUUUUGCCACAUUUGUGAACCUCAGGUUAAGGAACUGACCGGUUACGAGAGGUUCCAGUGCACGCACAACAUGGCGUUCAUGUUGAGGAAGCUGCUCGUUAGCUACAUGGCCGUCAUCUGCAUUUACGGCCUGGUGUGCUUGUACACCCUCUUCUGGCUGUUCAGACGCCCCUUGAAGGAGUACUCUUUCGAGAAAGUUCGAGAGGAGAGCAGCUUCAGCGACAUUCCCGACGUGAAGAACGACUUCGCUUUCCUCCUGCACAUGGUCGACCAGUACGACCAGCUGUACUCCAAAAGGUUCGGCGUCUUCCUCUCCGAGGUUAGCGAGAACAAGCUGCGGGAGAUCAGCCUGAACCACGAGUGGACCUUCGAGAAGCUACGCCAGCACGUGACCCGCAACGCCCAGGACAAGCUGGAGCUGCACCUCUUCAUGCUCUCGGGGCUCCCCAACGCCGUGUUCGACCUCACCGACCUGGAGGUACUGAAGCUGGAGCUGAUACCCGAGGUCAGGAUAACAGCGAAGGUCUCCCAGAUGACCAGCCUCCAGGAGCUGCAUUUCUGCCACUGUCCUGCCAAGGUCGAGCAGACGGCCUUCAGCUUUCUCCGUGACCACCUGCGGUGCCUUCACGUCAAGUUUACAGACGUCGCGGAGAUCCCCACAUGGGUUUAUUUGUUGAAGAGCCUCAAGGAGCUGUACUUGGUUGGAAACCUAAACUCAGAAAACAAUAAAAUGAUAGGGCUGGAGUCCAUGCGAGAGUUGAGGCACCUUAAGUCCUUGCAUCUCAAGAGCAACCUCACCAAGAUCCCAACAAGCAUAACAGACCUUUCUCCUCACCUCAUAAAGCUGGUGGUGCACAAUGACGGUACGAAACUACUGGUCCUUAACAGCCUGAAGAAGAUGCUGAACUUGGCUGAACUGGAGCUGCUCAACUGUGAGCUGGAGAGAAUUCCUCACGCAAUUUUCAGCCUGACUAACCUGCAGGAGUUGGAUCUGAAAACAAACAACAUCCGCACCAUCGAAGAGGUGAUCAGCUUCCAGCACCUGAAAAGGUUGACGUGCCUCAAACUGUGGCAUAACAAAAUCAUCGCCCUCCCGCAAUCCAUCAGUCACGUCAAGAACCUCGAGCAGCUCUACCUUUCACACAACAAACUGGAGACACUGCCAGCGUCACUGUUCAGUCUCCUCAAGCUGAGGUACCUGGACCUCAGUCACAACUCCAUUACUGUGAUCCCCGUAGAAGUGGGGCUCCUGCAGAACCUCCAGCACUUUGCGAUUUCCAACAACAAGGUGGAGGUGGUGCCCAAGCAGCUCUUCAAGUGCGUGAAGCUGAAAACUUUGUGUCUGGCGUAUAACAGCAUCUCCUUCCUCCCUGGGAAAAUAGGCCAGCUGACACAGCUGGUGCAGCUGGAGCUGAAGGGAAACUGUUUGGACCACCUGCCGGCAGAACUGGGGCAGUGCCACCUGCUCCGCAGGGCUGGCCUCAGUGUUGAAGACCAUCUCUUCGACACUCUGCCCCUGGAGGCAAAAGAAAGCAUAAGCCAGGAAUCCAAUGUUUCCUUUGCUGGUGGGGUAUAGUACGGGUGAACGUCUCAAAGAGCAAACUGGUGCCCUUCUGUCAGCCCGGUCCAUUAGCUGUAACCAUGUUACUGUUCCCUAUCAGCAGAUCAGAAAGGAAGAGGGCAAACAUUUGCAUGCUGCUGGUCAGGUUGUGUUUACAACAAUAACUGUAUGAAGGCGACAUUCUCGGUUGAUUUCCCUCCAAUGACUGGAGGGUUCAACCGCAGGAACAACAGUCGUGUUGCUGAUAAGGGGAGGAUCCAACUGUUGCAAAUAUCAGAAUGGCAAGACCACAGUCUGUGCUGCUCAUGAUAAUAUUAGUGCAUUCUUGAAAAACACAGAUGGGUCAAAACAGGCAUAGCUUGAGCGUUGAGAUACAAGGGGCAUUUUAAGCAACAUUGUUCAGUUAAUACACUUUAUUUCAUACAUUACUUGUAGUAACAUGUAGGAACCUCUUCAUUUUAAGUUAUCUUUGCUUUUUAUCUGGGGUUGGCACACUGGCUGAUUCCUCAUUUUGUAUGUUUUUUUUUUUUUUGUUUUUUGUUUUUUGUUUUUUUUUUUAACUGUGUUACAGUGUUUGAAUAACUCCCAACAGUGAACAGACUCAGCAUCUUGAAAUAAGAGGUCUGUUACACAGGCAGGUCUGUCCCAAUCGUAGUGUGAGGCUUUAAACAGAGAGUUGGUAGAAGAGAAUGAAUAGCCAUAUAUGCCUUCAGAACAAAUGUAAAGAACAUAAAGCAAUUAACAGGAAGUGUGCUUUGAAAUGCCACUUAAAUGCUGGCAGACACAAAGUAACCUGUGAUUGGCUCCUGUGUAUGUGUUACACACACUGCCGUGGCCAGUAAAGCAUGUGUGUAUGUCUUUGCUUUAUUGCAUUUUACUUUUUUAUGUUUUUAUUAUGUGUGUGCAAGGUUCCUGUUUUGUGCUUCUUUGACUAAAGAAACCCCAAAGGUACUGUGCUAAACCUAUUAGCCUGAUAUGUUUUCGAAUUUGUCAGCGGAUGUGUGUGUUAACGUUCAUAGUGAAUAUACAGUGAGAGGUUAUGAUGCUAGAGAACAAGCUGAAUGUCUAAGUUGUUUAAUUAAAAUGGGAGAUCAUGGAAGCCCGCUUUAAUACCUACCCUCUAUUUUCUGAACUCUAAAUGAAAAGAGGUGAUAUAUUUUGAUACCAAAUGUUUGAUAUUGAGUCAACAUUAUUUUAGUUCAAAGCUGCAGACUGAAUGAAGGUUUUCUCAAUAUCUGUGUGUCAUUUAUAAACUUUUACUCCAUACAAAUGAUAGAAAAUUACACAAAAUAAAAUUGCUCAACUUUUGUUCUUGAAAAGCUGCAGGUAAUACCUGUUAUACAAAGUGUAUUGUAUGUAUUUCUGUUUCCACUUGACAGUUUAAACCCAGCACAAAAAGAUAUUUUGAGGAAAAAAAAAUGUGCAAUUUAGCCAAGUGCCUGGAUACCAGUAAAUCAAAAGAAAGAUGCUUUCUGCCUUCUUGAGUCUUAAUGAUAGACCUCUAAGACCAACCAAAGAGAUGCAGCUGAGAAAUUGGGAAUUCCAAAGUGCACAGGGGCUAAGAUUCCAAAAAAGAGCAUCGUGAAGAAUGUAGGAGACAGAAAAUGAAUGCAAACCGGCCAGGGGCCUAUGAUGGAGGCAGUGUUAGCCACACUGAACAAGUCUUUGAGCAAACAUUGACUCUACCAUAGCAUUGUAGUCCACACUAUGCCAAUUACAAGAGACAAUCAAAAAUAAUUCAAACAAGCCAAACAAUUAUUUUAUGUUUGAAAUCAUGUAGUUAAGGACGUUUAACUAAUUAACUAAUAGAAUUGUAGCCUAUGUAGCCCCAGUGAAUUGCACAGUAACAUUCAUCCAUUCAUUUCCAGUUCUGCUGUUAAGAAUCACAUUGUUCUGGACAGGUGCGAUUCUAAUAAGUGGAGAGCACUAAAUAUAUAUUCCACGUUUUUCUUUGGGUUGAAAUCAAACCUAUGUUGUAAAAAAUGUACACUGUAUAUGUUAUACAUUAUAGACCAAGCCUGUGGUACAUGUGACGCAUCUAACUCACAAAGACCUGCUGUUUCUCAGCCCAUGAGAGAUGAUUAACGGCAUGAGGUGUGAAUUAAUUCCUCGAGGUGUAAUAAUAAUAAUGUCACUGUGCUUGUGCUGUCACAGUACCAUAUUGGCUCAGGAAUUGAGUUUUUUUUUAUGUGAGUCUAAACAGUGGCAGAUUAUUGCAACAAUAAAUAUUUCCAUAUUGUAGAAAACACUUCUUGUUACUAUCCAGCCUGAGAGAUUGAUGAUUUAACUUUAAAGUUAUUAAAGUAACAGAGUCAGAAGAGUCUCUUAUAAUCACUUUACAUCACUACGCUUCCUGAGUGAGCUGUGAAAUUACUGAACAAUAUGCAAGGAAUUUCCAUGACAACAGCUUAAUGACCAGACAUCCACUGAUGAACUGCCAGUCCUGUGUUCCAUUCAUUUCCUCCUUACUGAUGUGUCAUUGUUACAAGUCUAAAAAAAAUACAAAGUCUUGUGAAGGGAAAGAAGAACAUCCACCGUAUAAUAGGAAAAUAAAUCUGAGCAAUCGUUUCAAUAAUACUUGUAAUUAUGUCAGUAGGCAUUUAGAAAAGAACUGAAAAGGGAAUCGGCAGUAGAUCUGUGGAAGCAUGGUCAUUAAAUUGUGGCUGAGGAAGUGAUGUCACUCUUCUGUAGUGUUUUUGUACACUAAAACUUUUUAAUGAGUGAAUGAAUUUUAAAGCAAACCACGAGCUUGCAGCCGGGCAAAAGGAGAAGAGGCUUUGAGAAGUGAAAAACAGUGCCGGAUUAACAAAAAGGAAGACACUAUCUGACAAAUGUAUCUGUUGUGUUCCACUCUGCUGUUUCAUAUGUGAUAUAUCUGACCAAGUUGUUUGGGUUUCUUGAUUUAGCUGUAGUUUCAGCGAUGUAUACCAUAGCUGCUCAUUGUAGUAAAGUGUUAGCUGUCUACUACUGUUACCUGUUUGCUAGCUAUCAUUGUUAGUAGAUGAUGGUAAACUGCUUAUAAAGAUGCUUGAAUUUGUAGCACUUCAAAUAAAUUCUUUG